AUGCACAUGCUCGCAGAAUGUGAGAGAAUCCUCGGUGAUGGCCUUCUACGAUUACCUGCGCAGCACAACUACCGCUACAGCCCAACGGCGGAAAAGGACUUGCUAGAGCUUCUCUUCCGGUCGCUGGUCGGUCACAAUGAGGAGCUGAUAAAUCAUCUGUUCCCUGAAGGUGUGCCAAAUGGCCCUUGGAAGCUGGCUGAGGCCCACGGCGCCCGUGAAGGAGCCGAAUAUAGCGAGGCUGCGCGGGGCAAGCGAUGCGGUCAUAUUUUCCGAGCGGGGGAAGCCACUUAUCGUUGCGUGACCUGCGCUGCGGACGAUACCUGUGUGCUUUGCAGUCGGUGUUUUGAUGCUUCGGAUCACACCUCUCACCAAUAUCAGAUUUCGCUUUCGUCCGGCAAUUGCGGUUGCUGCGACUGUGGUGACGAGGAGGCUUGGCGGCUACCGCUGUUCUGCGCAAUUCAUACAGACAGUGGUCACGAAAAGGAGAAAGAGAGAGAACAGAGAAAACUUCCACCUGAUUUGGUAUCUACGAUCCGUUUGACGAUCUCGCGUGUAUUGGACUACUUCUGCGAUGUCAUCUCUUGUUCGCCUGAGCAAUUGCGCCUGGCGAAAACCAUCGAGGGGAUCAAAGCAGAUGAAGAAGCUUCAAGACUGCGUUCAGGCUGGUAUGGUGAAGGUGAUUUGGAGGAAGAAGAACCUGAGUUUGCCGUCAUGCUAUGGAAUGAUGAGAAGCAUACGAUUCGGGAUGUGGCCCAUCAAGUCACCCGUGCCUGUCGCGAACGAGACAGCUUCGGCGUUGCCCGCGCACAUGAGACCAACGACAUCGGUCGAAGUGUGAUUAGAUACUCGAAGGAUCUUCAGAGACUGCUGGCAGUGUCCAAGAUUAUCGAAGAGAUCAAGGUGACAGUCACAGUACGCUCCGCCCGAGACACUUUCCGCGAGCAAAUGUGCGGGACAGUUGUCGAAUGGCUGGCCGACAUUGCUGGCUGCAGUAUACUCGGCGACAACGAGAUCUUCAGACAAAUCAUCUGUGAAGAGAUGCUUAGUCCUUGGCGAAAAGGAAGCGGGGCCUACAAUGCGGAGAUCGGCGUGAAGGGCAUUGAUGAUCAACAAAUACUCGACAAUCACCUUCCUGGUCGGACUGUGAUGCUUACUCUGCCGCCACAUGGUCAAAUUUUGUUGGCAACCGAAGACGAUGUGGAAGAAGAUGACGAUGAUGAUGCUGGGGAAGGUAACGAGCAGGAUGAAGAUGACGAUUAUGUCGAGGCUCAUGAUGACGCCGACGACGAAGAUGAUGAGAUGGAACUUGAGCUUGCUAGGCUUCAGGCUGAAGCCGAUGGUGAAGACGACGACAUGGACAUGGAUAUGGGUGCCGACGACGAACUUGCUCUUGCGGAGCGCAUUCUGGCCAACCUGACUCGCCCACCGCGCCCUCAUUCGCCUCCUACUGAGCCAAGAGAGCAGACACCCCAACCAGAGCAUGCUGAUGCAAAUGGCUCGGGUGCCCCCAGCUAUGUGUCCAUCCCAAGGACACCCCAUGCUGUAGUCAAACCGCCCCCAGCGAGAACUGAAGGCCACUGGGAAGUGCGACCACCUAUGCCUGCUCCUGGCGAAAAGGUCCCUCCGUACGAGGAUUUGUGGCAGCGCACGCGCCUCGACUGGCUGGUCCUGUUCGACCUUCGGCUGUGGAAGAAGACGCGCACCGAUCUGCGAGAUCUCUAUAUCAGUACCGUUGUCAACGUUCCUCAAUUCAAGCGCAUCAUGGGUCUUCGCUUAUCUGCUUUAUACACUGCCCUUGCCCAGCUUUAUCUUAUUGCGGACCGAGAGCCAGACCAUUCUAUCGUCAACCUCUCGCUGCAACUUCUUACCACACCUUCCAUUACCGAAGAAAUUGUCUAUCGUGGUAACUUCCUCACCAAGGUGAUGUCAAUUCUUUAUACGUUCUUGACAACUAGACAAGUCGGGGAACCUCAAGCCGUUAAUCCAAAUGCCACCCUAGCAUUUGAUUCUGGUUCGGUGACCAACAGGCGCCUGUACCAUUUCUUCCUUGACUUGCGAUAUCUCCUUCAGUCCGAGUAUGUCCAGCACCGUGUCCGCACAGAGGAACAAUAUCUGCCUCAGUUCCUUGAUCUCGUGAAGCUUUCCCAAGGUAUCUGUCCAAAUGUACGCGCCGUAGGCGAGCACGUUGAAUACGAGACAGAUGCCUGGAUCAGCGCGUCGAUCCUCAUGCGGGAGAUCAACCGACUUUGCCGCCAAUUCUGUGAAGCUUUCCGCAGCCCUGAACUCGACGAUGGCCAUAAUCUCCUGCGAGCUAUCAAGACCACGACCCUCACCGCCAUCAUUCACUCCACUGGUGUUGAACGCAAGCGCUUCGAGCAGGCAGAAAUCAAGGAAGAAAUCCGCUUCAAGACUCUGCCGCCCUUCGAUUUCGAAAUCGGUCGCUCCGGCCAGAUUCCGUGCCAUCGGGUGGUCGAGUUCGUCGUGGAGAAGGGCUCAAUUAGUUUCCACCAUGCGCUGCAUUAUACUUUGUCAUGGCUCAUUGAAUGCGGCCGCAGUGUGGAUAGUGCAGCGAUGCGCGGUGUCCUCUUUGAAGCCGCGCAAAAUGCCAGAGACGAGCUUCACGCUGCCAAAGCUGCCGACAAGCCCGUUGAAGAGAAUCUUCUCGCUCUUGGUCCUGAAGAUCUUCUUUUGACCAUGUUCGAUUACCCUCUAAGGGUGUGUGCCUGGCUCGCGCAAAUGAAGGCUGGUAUGUGGGUGCGCAAUGGUCUGAGUCUUCGACACCAGAUGUCCCAAUACCGCGGUGUGUCUUCUCGCGACUUUGCCUAUUACCGGGACAUCUUCCUCUUGCAAACUGCACUGGUGACAUGCGAUCCUAGCCGUGUCCUUGCGUCCAUUGCGCACCGAUUCGGAAUGGUUGAGUGGAUGUCUCGAAAUUACAUGCCUCGCUCUGGCUACGAAGAUUCCCAGAUUGUCGAUGUUGCUGAGGAAUUUAUCCAUCUGCUGGUUAUUUUGUUGACGGAUCGUACCUCCUUGACUGCAAUCGACGAUAGUAUCCAUCUGACAAAGGAGAACAUCAGUCGCGACAUCGCUCAUGUACUGUGCUUCAAGCCCCUCUCCUUCUCUGAUCUCUCAACUCGUCUUAGUGACAAGCUGCUUGAGGCGGAUGAGUUCCAGGAUGUAUUGGAAGAGGUGGCUAAUUUCCGUCCUCCCGAGGGAUUAAGCGACUCUGGAACUUUCGAAUUGAAGCCUGAGUACCUGGAUCUGGUGGACCCUUAUAGUGCACACUACACCAAGAACCAGAGAGACGAGGCCGAGAGUAUUUACAGAGAAUGGAUGGCCAAGAAGACCGGCAAGAAGCCGUCUGAUAUUGUCUAUGAGCCAAAACUUCGACCUAUCAGCUCUGGUGUCUUCUCUGAUCUCCCACGCUUCACUAGCACUAUGAUCUUUGCUCAGAUCGUCCAUCAGUGCCUGGAAUAUGUCAUUUCGUGCCAGGAGUGCACACCGACUAUCCCACCGACACGCGUGGAAACAUUCCUACAGGUCAUCCUGCACCUUAUCUUGGCUGCAGUAUUGGAGGACAACUCUCACGAUGGCGACAUGGAGACGGAACAGAGCCAGUCUUUCAAUCUGCAUGCUCUGUCCAAAUCCCGCGAGAUCAAAUCGGGCAAGCUGACCAUUGUCGGUCUCUUGGAGAGAAUAUCUGUGAUGAACGAGUUCUCAGCUUGUGGACCCAAGAUUCGCCAUAUUCUCAAGCGCCUGUGGCAAAAGCGCCCGCAAACAUACACCGCUGCUACUGCUACUCUCAAGUUCCCAUUCGACCGCAUUGAUACAAGCUCUCCUGCAAUCGACCUGGACGGUGAGAAGGAGACCAAGAAGAAGCAGGCUAUGGAAAGACAAGCACGCGUCAUGGCUCAGUUCCAGCAACAGCAGCAACAAUUCUUGAACAGUCAAGGCGACAUUGACUGGGGCGAAGAAGACUUCAGUGACCUGGAAUCAGAGACUGAAGCCACUCCUGAAACGAAAACGUGGAAGUAUCCUAGUGGGACUUGUAUUCUCUGUCAGGAAGAAACCAAUGACUCGAGACUUUAUGGUACUUUUGCUCUGAUCCAAGACAGCACUAUCUUGCGACAGACCGACAUCAGAGACCCUGACAGGAUUCGUGAAGUGCUUCGCACUCCCACAAGCCUGGACCGAUCUGCUGAAGAUAUUCGUCCGUUUGGUGUUGCCGGAGAAAACCGUACCACAAUUCGUCGACUGGACUCGUCUGGAGGCGAGGUCAUCAGUGAGAAGGUUGGCCUCAGCAAGGGCUUCAAUCCGAAGUGCACUCUACGUGGACCUGUGACAACUGGCUGUGGCCACAUCAUGCAUUACUCGUGCUUUGAAGUCUACUAUGGAGCAACGCAGAGACGCCACACACAACAAAUCGCGCGAAAUCAUCCCGAGAAUACAUUGCUCAAGGAAUUCGUAUGCCCGCUGUGCAAGGCGCUUGGCAAUGCAUUCCUUCCCAUCACCUGGAAGGGCAAAGAAGAAUCCUAUCCGGGUGCAUUAAACACGUCGAGUUCAUUCGACGACUGGAUGGGCGCUGGACUGAAGCAGAGUUUGAAUCAAUCACAGAAUUUCCCUGUUCUCAUGAUUGAGAAGGACAAGGCGUACCAGCAACCUUAUUCAGAUUUGUUUGUCGAAUAUCUUUCGAAGACUUUGGUGCCUCCUCUUGCCUCAAAGGUCGGCCAACUUGUGAACUCGUCGGGCCAAUCGGGCGCGGCGCCCCCGCAUUUCAUUUCCUCUUCAUCACGAAUGGCAGUGCCGGGCCUGUUUCCUGGAGACGACAUUGCGCCAUCUAGUCCCUUACAGCAAGUCUCUAGUCCAUCAGACAGCCCUAUGACUGAGCUUCUGCAGAUCUAUAGGCGUCUCAAGAAGACGAUCAAGAUGAACCACAUCCAAUCGAUCUUCAACAACCCCCCGGAUACCAUCAACAAUGACGAUCUCGUGCACAUUGACUCUCUGAUACGAAGCUUCGGCUUCAGUAUCGCUGCGGUCGAGAUUGCCCAGCGCGGAGUUGAGUCUGAGCAAGGCUCGACUUUGCUAGAUAAGAUUCCUCCUUUGACCUUGACCCAUCUGCGUGUCCUGUCGGAAACAGCCCUGACAUAUGCUGCUGUGGGCUGUGUUCACUCCAGCGGUAUUGGAAAGAGCCUUCCGACUCAUGAGUUCCAGGAAAUGCAUCGCCAAAAGAUCUGCCAGUUGUUUGUUGGGCACCCUUGUCUGAGCGGCACCGCACUGUUGAAUGAUGUCAGGAACAUCGAACCUUUGCUGGCUAUGGAUACAUUUGUUUUCCUAGCUGAAAGCUCGCUGUCAUUGCUUCCAGUCCUGCAAAUCGAUAUGCGCCAUCUGAUUCAGAUGUGUUACGUUGCUGAGAUCGUGAAAGCUGCCGUUACUUUCAUCUUGUGGCCUCUGGGUCUCAAGGAGGAGAUGGCGCAGCAAGGAGAAACAGACCUUGCGGGCUCGGAAGUUUCCAGCGAGCGAUACGAUGUGACAAGACAUUUCUUCGACUCCAUCGUGGCCGAGCUCAAGGCAAACUCUGUUGGUCGUGCUGAAGGCUCCUCGUUCCCGGCCGAAAGUGGAUAUGUGAAGGAUGGCGAGGAAUCUGCUACUCCGGCCGUCAUCAUGGCUCUCCAUCGCCUGAUUUCAAGCUAUGCUCUCACAUUCCUGCGGAAGGCCGUUAUCCUUCUUCACGUCCAGCACGGUGUAGAUUUCCCGAACUCAGGCUUCGCUGAUGUCGGAGCAUCGGAGCUGGACAGACUCAGCAAGGUCUUGCGUCUGCCUUCGAUUGACGAGGUAUUCAUGACUAUCAACCCGGCGCGUAACACCAAUAACCCCUUCGAUGCGGUUGUCUCGGGAUGGAUUUUCCAUUGGAACGCCUCACGCUCUGGCAUCCGCUUCGAGGAUCACCGAUUGUGGCCUAGCCUUCCCCAUCCUGCUAUCUUCGAGCUUGUCGGUCUGCCCAGGAACUUUGACAGCUUGAUUGAAGAGGCGAACCGACGCCGCUGCCCCAACUCCAAGAAGGAACUCAGUGACCCGAGUAUUUGUCUUUUCUGCGGAGAUAUCUUCUGCUCACAAGCAGUAUGCUGCAUGCACAACAAGCUAGGUGGCUGCAACCAGCACCUCCAGAAAUGUGGCAAGAACAUCGGCCUCUUCAUCAACAUUCGCAAGUGCACUGUGUUAUACCUACACAAUCACAAUGGCUCCUGGCACUGGGCCCCCUAUCUUGACCGCCACGGCGAAGUUGACCCCGGCCUCCGGCGCAACCGCCAAUUGAUUCUAAACCAAAAGCGGUACGAUCGCCUCUUGCGCGAUGUAUGGCUCUCCCAUGCCGUGCCCGCGACCAUCAGCCGCAAGCUGGAAGCAGAGAUCAACAACGGUGGAUGGGAAACGAUCUAA